AAUCUUUAACUAGUGAAAUCAGCUCAUUAAGAGUUUUAAGUCAAGCUGAAUCUGAGAAAGAAAUAUUUCUUUUACUAGAUGAGAAAGACCCAAUUCAGUCUAUCCAUUUUGAUAAAAGAAAUCACAAAAAUACUCGUAAAACUGAGGCAAUAAGUGAAGAAGUUAAUAAAGAAGAAACUGAAGAGAAUGAAGAGAAUGAAAAUAAGGAUAAGGGCAAAGAAGAAGAGGACGAAAAGGACAAAGAGGAUGAAGAGAACGAAGAGGAUAAAAAGAAUGAGAAAGAAGAGGAAAAAAUAAAUAAAAAGA